UUCUUGCAAAUGUUGUUGCUUGAUGGUUGUUUUGUGGUUGAGUUCAUUCGAGAGCUAAGUGGAAGAUAUCCAAUAGGAGAAGAAAAAAUUAUCAAUACUAGUGUUGGUUACAUAUUUGAUCAAGUGACUCGAGACUUGAUGUUACUAGAAAAUCAACUUCCCUUCUUUAUCCUCGACAAGCUUCAUCACAUGACAAAGCAAGAUAAUGAGUUACCAUUUGCAAUAAUGGCAAAAUAUUGCUUUCCUAUUAACUUGCCAAAAACGACUCAUCUAGCACUUUUAAAGCUAUAUUAUAAUGCAAAUGCAGGAAAUAUCAAACAUUUACUUCAUCUAAUACACAUGUCAUGGCAUCUUGUGAAUCCUAACACAUAUCCCGGAAAGAAAAGCUUAUGCUGCAAUCCUUUGCAAAUAUUUAGGUCGAAAGAAGAGCCGAAAGAUAAGGAUAACAAGGUCAUGCCAAAUGCAACAGAGCUUUCCGGAGCUGGAGUUAACUUCACAAAUUUCGGAAAUAUUUAUGGCUCGUAUGACAAAGAAGGUAUUUUGUAUACAAGUUUAUUAGAGGAUAUUUUGGAUACAAGUUAUUUUGAUAUAAAGUUCGAGAAUGGACUGAUGAAAAUCCCUUGCCUUGAUAUCUUUGAUAGUACCGAGUCCAAUCUGAGAAAUCUCAUUACUUUUGAACAACAAUAUGAUGUACAUCAUAAAUAUUUCAGUGAUUUUACGGCUCUCAUGGAUUAUCUUAUCGACUCAGAAAAAGAUGUGAGUUUGCUUCGCCAGAAAGUAAUCAUUGUUAACGAGAUAGGAGAGGACAAAGAAGUCACUAGAAUCUUCAAUACAAUUGGAAAAGGGGUUAGAACUUCACACGGCUUUAAAUACAAAGAAGGAUACAGAAAAAUACUUCAACAUUGUGAUAAACCAUGGAACAGAAUGCAUGCAAGUUUGAUCCAUAAUCACUUUAGUAGUCCUUGGGUAGGAGCUUCGACUGUGGCAGCUAUUAUACUCCUCAUACUCACAACUAUACAAACUAUUCUAGCAUUCACUGGUGGCGUUAAGUAGCUAGUAAUUGUUUUUAUUAUCAUAAUGGUCUGAAGAUCUCAAUUGUAGUGCUUCUUUACAACUCCAUGCAUGUAAUUUGCAUGUGUGUUGAUGAGCUAAAGAGCAUUUCAUUAAUUCUAUUUCCCCCUUCUGUAUGUAUUGGGCUUGUAGUUGAAUGCUUAUUAGUUUAUUUCAAGUAUUUAUUGACCUUGAGGUUUAUUAACUGUGUUGAUUUUUUAAGUGGUUUAUUUUAUUAUUAAGGAAUUAUAACUGAA